UCGAUCGGUCUCGCUGAAUCCAGAUCCAAUUCGCCCAAAUUUGGAAGGUCCGAACCGCUUGCCGUGUGGAAAUUCUUAUCCGGGUUGGUCCGGCGGCUCCGCCGCUUGCCGUCGGCGAAGGAGAGGGAACUCGCCGAAAGUCAGAGAGGAGGAAAGAGUGGGGCUAAAAGGGAGAGGGAGAGUGUGUGCAUGAAAGAGGACGAUGGUGGGGGUAGCAAGCACAGGCUGGAAGGGAGCGCUUACGCAAUCUCAAACGUGUCCGUCACCGUUUGCUGGAGGCGGCUGUCUGCUACUUGAGAGUUAAGACCCACCAUCAUCGUCUGCUUCCUCAGAAAUCAGAGCGACGGCCUUCCUCCGCCACAUCUAUUCAAAGAGAGACAGAGAUAAAGAUAUAGAUAGAGAUAGAGAGGCUGAUUAUUGAUUGGUGGUGGUCGUGGUGUUCAAUUGAAGGAAAACUGAUUGAAGAGGAUGAAGAAGGAGAGUCUGGAUUUCUGGUUGGUGCCGGUGGGAGUGGUGGUGAUGGUGUGCUACCACCUCUGGCUUCUCUACCGCAUUAGGAGACACCCGAGGACGACUAUCAUCGGAAUCAACUCUAUGAACCGGCAGAUCUGGGUCAGAGCCAUGAUGCAGGAUUCGAAAAAUGGAGUACUCGCAGUGCAGACGCUUCGAAACAACAUCAUGGCAUCGACGCUUAUGGGGUCGAUGGCGAUCACCAUGAGCUCACUGAUCGCCGUCUUGAUGACGAACAACUCGAUCGGCCUAUCUUCCAGCAGUUCCGAUUCUGGAAUCGCCUUCCUGUACGGGAACAGGAGUAAAGGGGCGCAGACCAUAAAAUUCUUUGCCUUGCUGCUGUGUUUCCUUACGGCCUUCUUAUUGAACGUGCAAUCGGUAAGGUACUACAGCCACACCGGCAUCCUCAUCAACGUGCCGAUGAAGUGCCAUUCUCCGGUGCUCACGCCGGAGUACGUCGCGAAGAUCAUGAACAAGGGCAGCUACUUCUGGUCGCUUGGACUGCGAGCUUUCUACUUCUCCUUUCCUCUGUUCCUCUGGGUAUUUGGUCCCAUACCUAUGCUGGUGUGCUGCGUCGUAAUGGUUGUGCUGCUCUACUUUCUUGAUGCAAGCUUUGAUUCACACUUAAACAUAGAAAUUCAGAAUGUUGAGCAAGAAGAAGAGGUCUAGCCAGAUGUGUAAGUCUAGGAAAUUCAUGAUGAUCGAUUCAAUCUAGGUUGAAUCAGCGUUAUGUGUAUAUGAAAUACAUUGUCUCUUAAGCCCUUUAUGCAUAUCCAAUGUCUUUAAUUAAAGUUUUACUUAGAAGUUAGAACACCU